UUCCAUCAUCCAUCACGGUUCUCACUUCUUUGUGGUCGAGGUUAAGUCGCCGACCGAAGGCGAUUUACAAAAAACCACACUCAUUUAUCGUCGAACAUAUAAUAUUACUGCCUAUUAUUCGAUAGCGUCGCAAAGAAAGAACCAUACCGAAAGCCAGAUCCAAUUCGUAAUCCGCCCACCAUGUCCAAAAACUCUUCCGCGUACGGCCAAGCCGCCGGCGACACUGACUUCCGCAAGAAGUACGAUCUCGACGAAUAUGCCGCCAAAGCCCGAGAUCGCGAGGAGGCCGAGAAGGAGGAGCGCAAGGCGCGAUGGGAGGCCAAGAUGGCCGGCAAGAAAUACUACAAGCCUCUCGAGGGGCACGAAACCUUGACCACCGCCCGCUCGGGACACCAAGACUUCAGCAAGCUGGUCGGCACAACGAUGCUGGUGCCCGCGGGGGCGGGCGUGGGCAAGCGCGGUAGGGGUGCGGGCAUCUACUGCGAGGCCUGCGACCUGACCUUCAAGGAUAACCUGCAGUGGAUCGAGCAUACGAAUAGCAUGCAGCAUCAGCGGAACACGGGUCAUACGGGCGAGGUGCGAAAAGCGACGGCGGAGGAGGUGCACCAGAGGAUUGAGCAGCUGUGGGAGAAACUGCAGGAAAGGAAGAGGGAGCAGGUCGUCAGUCUCCAGGAGCGGCUGGAGGUAAGGAAGGUGGAAGAUGAGAAGGAGAGGGAAGAGAAGAGGAGGAAGAGGAAAGAGGUGGAGGAGCGGAAGAGGCUGGAGAAAGAGGAGGCACUGAAGGCCAAGACCGACUACGGAGAGGAUGUGAGGAUUGAGGGCGAACACGAUGAAGAUGAUAUGAUGGCUGCUAUGGGGUUCACGGGAUUCGGAGUUCCAAAGAAGUAGGCUGGUCCUACUGUGGGCAGACUACCGUGGCUACGAGUCUCGCGUUGUUACUGCUGCGGGAUUGUUAGGUCUGCCAGUUGGUUUCAAGUUGGAAGGUAUAUAUGGCUCCUGUACUGGCUGCCUUUCCGUGGUUCGCUGGUGUGAAUGGAAACAACCCUGAGGUGGAAUGACAGUACUACUUCGCUCGUUGCGAAAACCUUGUGGAAGAUAUCGGUGUCGAUGCCGAUACGAGCCACACUUUAUUUGUCUUAUUUUUUUGUCCCAUCUCUUUCCGAGACGCAUAUUCGGGAUCGCAAGAUACAUCAAACAUAGCAUGGGAUGGCGUUCUGGGGUUACGUGUUUUUCGUUGUUUGUUUAAUGAUUUACUCUGUAGUAUAGAUGGUGUUCCUGGCUUGAGAUGAAGAA